AUGAAGACCACGUACAACUUACAAGCCAUCAGUAUACAGCCACGGCCGGCCGCCAGUGGUAACGGCAGGAUAGGAGGACAUAAGAUUGAAGUUUCCACCGACAAUACCACCUGGCUAGUCGUUGCACUUGGCACAUAUAACAACGAUGCAACCACCAAGAAGACGACAUUUGUCACGAGACCAGCCAGAUAUGUAAAGAUUACAGCAACAACCGAAGCGCAACAGGCAAGCAACCCAUGGACCUCAAUCGCUGAGGUCAACGUCUUCCAGGAUGUUGUCAACUCGUCCCCGACUCCCUAUACACCACCAGUAGCCGGGAAAGGCUCAUGGGAGAAAACGAUUGACUUCCCUUUGAUUCCAGCUGCUGCUUCGCUCCUCACCAAUGGAAAAAUACUUUUAUGGUCAUCUUUUGCGAAAGACAAUUUCGAUGGCCGCGUGUUUACUAUUGGCGGCUCAUGGAGUGGAGCUAGAGGUGGCAAGAAUGGCGAAAUCUUCGAUCCUGCUGCGAAUAUUUGGUCUUUGCUAUCAGGCGCGUUGGUCAGUCCUAUGCUGACCAACGACGCUGGUGGUGUAUGGCGAGCAGACAAUCACGCGUGGCUAUUUGCAUGGAAGAACAAGACCGUCUUCCAAGCUGGUCCUUCCAUCUCCAUGAAUUGGUACGAUACAACGGGAAGUGGUUCUACAACAGGAGCAGGGAAGCGACUGGACGAUGGUCAUGCUAUGAACGGAAACGCGGUCAUGUACGAUGCACUCGCAGGAAAGAUACUGACUGCUGGCGGUGCAUCCGACUACGAGAAUAGUGCCGCCCGCACGAAUGCUUAUGUCAUUACCAUAGGCAGCCCGAAGACGACCGCAACCGUUACAAAGACUCAAAGCAUGACCUACGCCCGCUCCUUCGCAAACGGCGUCGUUCUUCCCGAUGGCACCGUCUUCAUCACAGGCGGUCAAGCAUACGCAAAACCAUUCACGGACGGUACUUCAGCCCUAGUCCCAGAAAUCUGGGACCCAGCAACAGGGCAAUGGUCGCAAAUGAACCCCAUGGCUAUACCACGCAACUAUCACUCCGUUGCUCUCCUCAUGGCCGACGCCACGGUCUUCAAUGGAGGCGGUGGUUUAUGCGGUCCAUGUACACAGUACGGUGGCACUGCAGAUUCGAAUCACUUCGAUGCAGAGAUAUUUGUACCACCUUACCUUCUCAAUAAUGAUGGUACGCGACGAACGCGACCGACCAUCAACAGUGUAGCUUCGUCUGCCAAGCUUGGUGCUACUCUGAGUGUUGCGACUAGUUCGGGAGUCACGACAUUCUCACUCAUUCGCUUUGGUACUGCAACACAUACCGUUGAUACUGACCAGCGGAGGAUCCCAUUGACGCCUACUGGGAGCGGGACCAGCUUCACAGUUACUGUGCCGGCGGAUCCAGGUGUUGCUCUUCCAGGGUAUUGGCUCUUGUUUGCGAUGGAUGCUGUGGGCACGCCUAGUGUGGGGAAGAUCAUCAAGCUGAGUGUGUAG